AUGAUGUCUACAUGUACUGGUAGACAGGUUGUGCGCACUCUGCUCACUACGAGCAACAGUUUUUGGGAAUUGGGCGUUCUUAGUCGUGUCAUAAAACGACUUGAUAGCUUUGGAAUCCAAAUGCCGACAGAAAUUCAACGCAUGAGCAUACCUCCUCUGCUGGAUGGAAGGAGUUCAGUGAUCAAUGCUGAAACUGGAAGCGGAAAAACUCUUUGUUAUGUUGUUCCAUUUGUACAAAGGCUGUACCAGCUUCCACAUGAUGGUCGAAGAAAGCCACUUGGUCUGUUCAUAGUUCCCAGCCAAGAGCUCUCAUACCAAGUGAUUUCUGUGUUCAACAACCUCGUUGCAGGUACAAGAUUCCAUUUAGGUGCUGUCUGCUCGUCAAUUCGUUUGGUGCUGCGUGACGACACGGUUGGCAUUGUCGGCACAGUCAGCAGUCUGGCUAACUACCACUGGCCUGUCGUAUUGAAAAACAUCAGGUAUGUGGUUGUGGAUGAAGCCGAUCUACUGUUGAAUGGACAAAGUAGCGAGAUGACUUGGAAACUUCUGAACUACUUUAGAAGUUCAAAAUUGAAGAGAAACGGUGAUAAUUUGGUUGACCAGACUUUUGGUUGGAACCAACAGUUUGUUUUCUGUGGAGCAACUAUUCCAUCCGGAGGCAAAAUGGCUGUGCAAUCAGUUAUAGAGCGUUGGUUCAAGCAGACUGGUUUACUAGAUCAUGCUACGUUCUUGUCGUCCAGUCAGGCACACAGUCCUGUUUCAUGUAUUGAUUACAAGUUUGUUCGUGUAACUGAAAACUCGAAGUUGUCUGAGCUUGUUGGUGUGCUGGACCAAAUCAGUCACGAUACACAGUCAUCCAAGUCUGCUAAAGUCCUUAUUUUUACAAAUACGCUUGCAUCUUGCCAACGACUGCACUUAGAGCUUGUUGAUGUGAUGAACAAGUAUCCAUCUUGUUGGUGGUACAAGAAACUUGAAAGAUAUGACAAGAGUGUCAGUGUAGGCAACAGGAUGACAACACUGCAAUGCUUCAAAGACGGCACUGUUCAAGUUCUAGUAUGCACUGACUUGGCAUCAAGAGGUCUUGAUAUUCUGAAUGUUCAAACAGUCAUUCAGUAUGACUUUCCGGAAAACUCUACUGCUUUCCUUCAUCGCUCAGGCCGGACAGGAAGAGCAGGAAAACAAGGCAAAGUUGUUAGUUUCGUGAGUGAAGAGACGAGUGAACUUGCAACUCUGGUGCAAGAUGCUUGCCUGAAGAGCAAUGACCUACGCUCAUUUGAGGCAACGUUUAGUCGAAAAAGAAAACUUAGACGGCGGCUGAAACACAAGUAGAACGAGCGUGUAAUUUGCCAUACAAAUUAUUGAUUUAUUACCACUUUGUGGCCAUUCAUGUGUUCACUACUAUCUGACUCAAAUUCAAAUACAGCCAAGGCUACAUUACAGUAUUGUCUAGAUCAAUGCAGUAAUAAAUUAAAUUAAAUAUAAUUUAUA